ACGUGACUUGCCGGCGCCUGGAGUGCCGGCCGCGGCCGCAAUCUGUCGGCGUCUGUCUGCCGCGUUGCAGUGAAGCACCGGGGCCACCGCUGGGAGGGGUCUUAGGAGAGAUCUUAGGGCAUCUGAAGAGCUGUCAUGUCUGGGACAUCUUCCUCAGAACAGAACAACAACAGCUAUGAAACGAAAACCCCAAAUCUUCGAAUGUCGGAGAAGAAAUGUUCAUGGGCCUCCUACAUGACCAAUUCCCCGACUCUAAUCGUUAUGAUUGGUUUGCCAGCCCGGGGUAAAACUUAUGUGUCCAAGAAACUAACUCGCUACCUCAACUGGAUUGGAGUGCCAACUAAAGUGUUUAAUCUUGGGGUGUAUCGGCGUGAAGCAGUCAAGUCCUAUAAAUCCUACGACUUCUUUCGGCAUGACAACGAAGAGGCCAUGAAGAUCCGCAGACAGUGUGCUCUGGUGGCGCUGGAAGAUGUUAAGGCGUAUCUCACUGAGGAGAGUGGGCAGAUUGCGGUGUUCGAUGCCACCAAUACCACCCGGGAGAGGAGGGACAUGAUUUUAAACUUUGCCAAGCAGAAUUCUUUUAAGGUAUUCUUUGUGGAAUCUGUCUGUGAUGAUCCUGAUGUCAUCGCUGCCAAUAUCCUGGAGGUAAAGGUGUCGAGCCCUGACUACCCUGAAAGGAACAGGGAGAAUGUGAUGGAGGACUUCCUGAAGAGAAUUGAGUGCUACAAAGUCACCUACCGACCCCUUGACCCUGACAACUAUGACAAAGAUCUUUCUUUCAUCAAGGUGAUAAAUGUGGGCCAGCGGUUUUUGGUCAACAGAGUACAGGACUAUAUCCAGAGCAAGAUAGUCUACUACCUCAUGAAUAUCCAUGUCCAGCCUCGUACCAUUUACCUUUGUCGGCAUGGAGAGAGUGAAUUCAAUCUCUUGGGGAAGAUUGGAGGUGACUCUGGCCUUUCUGUGCGGGGAAAGCAGUUUUCCCAUGCUCUAAAGAAGUUUCUGGAGGAACAGGAGAUAACAGAUCUCAAAGUAUGGACAAGUCAGUUAAAGAGGACUAUUCAGACUGCUGAAUCUCUUGGGGUGACCUAUGAGCAGUGGAAGAUUCUAAAUGAGAUUGAUGCUGGCGUGUGUGAAGAAAUGACCUAUGCAGAGAUUGAACAGCAGUACCCAGAUGAGUUUGCACUUCGAGAUCAAGAGAAGUAUCUGUAUCGAUAUCCUGGUGGGGAGUCAUACCAGGACCUGGUGCAGCGGCUGGAGCCUGUCAUCAUGGAGCUGGAACGCCAGGGCAACGUCCUUGUCAUCUCCCACCAGGCUGUCAUGCGCUGCCUUCUGGCCUACUUCUUGGAUAAGGGCGCAGAUGAGCUACCAUACUUGAGAUGCCCUCUCCAUACCAUCUUCAGACUUACUCCUGUGGCCUACGGGUGCAAAGUGGAAACAAUUAAACUCAACGUGGAAGCUGUGAACACUCACCGUGACAAGCCAGCUGCAGCACAGACCAUGCUGGCUGCACGCAGACGGCCCUCUGCAGCGUCCCUCACAUUGCUCUCCUGAUGAUGUGGAGGCUCAGGCCACACCUCUCCGAGGGACUGGGAUCUACUGAAAAGCUUGGGAUGUCAGCUCCACAGAGGCUAGAACAGGAAGUUAAGUUUGGGACUGGACAUUUGAGGCCACCAAAAUGAGGCCCUGGAAACAAUGGCACCACAUUUCUUCCCUUCAUGCCUAAUGGGAAUAUCAGCUACAUGGAAACACUUGACUUCCCUGUGCCUCAAGAUAUUUGACAGCCUGAACUGAUUAUUUUUAUCAUCUCUUUGCUGGGUUUGGCCUGAGUUGGCCAAUCUCAUUCUGUCUAGGUAUUUAACAUCCUACCUGUGACUGUCUGCAUCUCUUUCUGGCUAUUCUUUGCCUCAAAUUCAAUUGCACCUCUUCAGUUUUAGUUUCCAAGUGAGAAGGCUGAACUCCAGAAAGUCUUUUCUGUGUAGCAAGAGCUAGUCUCUGCAUUCGUUCCAGGCAAGCAGACUAGAGUCCAACAUACACAUGCUAGCAAUUACCAUUUGCCACCUUGGAAAUGAGAAAAGACACCAGGUAAAUGGAGGGAAUCUGAGAAAUUCAGUCCCUGAAACAUCUCUUCUGCAGUAACAGAAGAGCAUUGUCAGUAGCAACCUUUUCAUUUAGAGAAGUUUUUCUUGGUCCAGGCCCUUCAGGGCAGGAUCUGAAUGUGAGAUGCCCCAAAAUGGGUACCCAUCUUCUAAGUUCUCUUUUGUAGCUACUGUAU